AUGGUUCGUAAACGCCAAACAGUAGCAGCAGCUUCAGGACCUGAACCCUCUCCUCCUUCGUCUUUGAAGAGUGAACCAGCUUCUACAAUGCCGAUGCCUAGUAAUUGGAGCCUACGGUCGCAAUGGAUGUUCUUUGCCGUUGCUAGUGGUGCCUGCGCAGCUUUCAAUGGUGUUUUUGCCAAAUUGACAACUACACAACUUACCACAAACCUAUCCAAUGAUAUUGCUAGCCUCAUCGGUCUCUCUUCUCACAAGGAUAUUAUCGAAUAUCUAGUUCGAGGUACAUUCUUUGUCCUCAACCUCACAUUCAAUGGUGUGAUGUGGACACUCUUCACACAAGCUCUUGCACGCGGUACAUCUACUACACAGGUAUCCAUCCUAAACACUUCGACCAACUUUAUGAUUACUGCUCUUCUGGGCGCUUUAAUCUUCUCAGAGGUUCUACCUCCGCUGUGGUGGGCUGGUGCUGCGCUCCUUGUUGCAGGCAAUGUCAUUGUUGGACGAAAAGAUGAGGCUAAGGAUGCUGGUGCUGCUGCCGCGGCUGAGGGACCAAGUUAUGUGCCCAUCCCAACAGAAGAUGAAGAAGAGCAGAGAAGGGAUGAUGACGAAGAUAUCAUUGAUUUGGGAAGAGUGUCAGAUGAGAGGUCACGAUAA